AAAGGUGCAACCGUGUGUCGUACCAGAGUACAAGGUUGUGGUGGUUCGAUGGUCAGGUGAUCUGUGUUUUUUUUACCAUGUCCAUAGUUCAAUGAUUCUUGUCGUCUGCUCGUUUCCAUUGCAGUUUUGUUUUGUUGAGGCCUGGAAAACGAGGUUUCUUUGCUGUUUUGGUUUCAAUUCCACGCUGUAGAUAAACCUUAGCAAAGUAGACAACAGUGGUCAUGGAUAAGUGGGUGAAUCGUCGAGUGAACCCCCAAGGCACUUGCAGUCAUCGACUGUUCUGCUUUCCAUGGGCUGGUGGAGGGACCCUCUUCUAUGCAGCUUGGACAAAACUCCUUCCAGGAAACAUUGAAGUGAAUGCUAUACGUCUUCCUGGGAGAGAGUCACGCUUCAAGGAUCCUCUUUACUCAAAUUUAGAUCUACUCAUUGAAGAACUUUGUAGAAUCCUCCUCCCGAGCCUUCAAGAGAAGCCAUUUUCAUUUUUCGGUCACAGUAUGGGUGCUAUUGUAUGUUUUGAGCUGGCAUGCUAUUUGAAGAAACACCACAACUUAGAACCGGUUCACAUGUUCCUGUCUGGUGCAACCGCACCUUAUUCCACACUCCGCCAAGAGAAGGUGACCGACAAACCCCUAGACCAGCUCACCGAUGACGAGUUUCUAGAGCGACUCGGAAAACUAGGAGGAACACCGAAGGAAGUUUUGGCCAAUAAGUCACUGAUAAGACUUUUCAUUCCUGUUAUUAGAGCAGAUCUAAUCCUGUUAGAGAAGUAUAGUAAGGAGGCUCCGAGUGAUCCACCCUUGAGCUGUCCGAUGAAUUUCUUUGACGGCGCUGAAGACAGAACGAGAAAUCAUGACAUUGAUAACUGGAAAACCAUCAGCUCUGGUUCGUUUGACGUUCAACUCUUACCCGGCGAACAUUUCUACCUUCAGCAAGAGGAAAACACAGCUAAAAUCAUCCAAACCAUUGCGGAGAAACUCAAGUCUUCAUAGCAGGGUACUAUUGUGCUAAUAAUAAAAACAACCAUGCGUUGGUAAAACUACUGUAGAUGUUACAGCAAUGGUCAUUUGAAAGACAAUACAGUAUUGAGGAUUUUGUUGCCAAAUAUUUGUAGGGUCAGUCAGUCGAUCAGGGCCCAAUUUCAAACGCUUGGUCAGGUAUUCCACUAUUAUCCAAGUCCCAACAUUUUAGUGUGGAGUGACAUAGAAGUGAAGGAUAUUGAACCAUUUCACCUGACGUCAUAAUCAGAAAAAUCUUGAAUGCGCCAUACUGGUGGGCAAUUUCACUGUGCGUUAU